AUGAGCGACCCUAGAUUGAAUAGAGUUCUUCACAAACAAGUCCAGGAUUUGUCACGUUGUAAUACACCAAAUGCACCGGUGCGAUUUCGCUUGAAAAAAUCACCAUUCGACGACGACGACGAAGAUGAAUGCGACACCAAAGAAGAAGCAAGCGCUGUCGAUAAAACUCAUAAGCUUACUGGAUGCUUACACAAAACAUAUCCUCUGGAACCACCUGAAGUUCGAUUUCUUACUCCUAUUUAUCAUCCCAACGUUGGCGUCGAUGGGAAAUUUUGUCACGAAGUAUUGAAAAAAACAGUGGAAUGGAAGUCGAAUACUACUCUGAUCGAUGUAGUGAAAGCAAUUGUGGACAGGAUUGAUAAACCAGACGUUGAUCAAACGAUAACCUUUGAAGUGGGCAAGGAGUACGCCGAAGAGCCAGCUGAAUUCAAACGAAAAGCGUGUUUCUUAUUAAAAUCUGGCAUUAAAGGUGAAACAACUGAGAAAAAGUGUCGCCUAGUUCCGACGUUAUUUCAUUGGCUGAAGAAGUCAUCUAACCCAUUCGCUCUUCGCUUUACGUCACAAGCAGCAACAGCAGCUAUGUUGUUUUUUCGCGAAGGAUCCAACAACGAGUCCUUUUUUCUUCUUUUUCUUCAACUAUCAGGUUUUUACAUUCUGCUUUUCCACAUCAACGUUUCUGACGAGAAAAAAAUGUGA